AAAGAAAAUAAAUACGAAGAUAGGGCAGUCAGUGAUAACUCAGAAUCAAGUCCUGAGAGGCAUUUACGGCAAUUAUUUGUUACUAAAAAUCCUGUGCUUUGCCAAGAAGUCAAAAAAAAUUUUCUAGAUAUGAAGCAAGCGUGUAGAGCAUGGAGAGGUUCGUGUUCACCAAGACAACAAGACCUUCCACAAAGGCUUCAAGAUGUUGAAGACUACCAGUAUCCAUUAUUUUUAACUUUCAAACAACUGUUAAAAGUGCUGGACAUAUCUCUAGGGUGUCCAUUCUAUUUAGCAAAAGAUGAUAUGACCAUGGAUAUACAGGGUUGGGCUGAUUCUUUAAAUAAUGGCGAUCUCUCGAAGUUUCGGGACACUGAUUUAGACAUAGAAGACCUUUUAGAAGACGAAUUGGCAAAUGACGAGGAAGUGAGAGAAGAAAGCGAUACAAGCAGAUGUUCAAAUUUAAAGUCUGGACGAAAACCAAGAGAUGCAUUUUCAAGAAAGCUUCUGACUUAUGAAGUAUUCGAGGAAUUAUUUUGGAAUAAGAUUAAAGGGAAAAAAUCAGAGUGUCACCAAUCCCUGGUUUGGACAGAAAUUAUGUCUUUUAUUAAAGGAUCAUUUCAGGCUUUGUUGUCCCCGACCGGAUACUUGGAUCUGAAACAGUAUAAGGAGUUGGGAAAGAAAAUGGCUCCUGUUUUCACGAAUGACAGAGAAAAAAUUUAUGAAAUGUUUCUGAUAUACGAAAGGGCCAAGAAACAGUUGUUUUACAUAGAUGAAGCUGAUGUUGCUCGCAACAUUUUUCAAAGAGUGACAAUACACGAAAUCCCGGACCUUCUAGCUCAUGAGAUAUAUGUGGACGAAACACAAGAUUUCACACAAGCAGAACUUUGUAUCCUGGUCAGACUCUGCCAAACUCCUAAAGGGCUUUUCCUAACCGGGGAUACUGCCCAAUGCAUAAUGCGUGGAAUAUCAUUUAGAUUUGAGGAUCUUCGAUCCCUUUUUCAUCAGAUAAGGGAAAUUAGUGAAAGAAACAUUAAUGUUCCCGAGAAGCUUUUCCAUCUUACCCAUAACUAUCGGUCACAUGCUGGAAUAUUGAAUCUAGCAUCAGGUAUUCUUGAGAUAUUAAAAGAAUUCUUUCCGGAAUCAUACGACCACUUGGAGAGAGAUGUUGGAAUGAUAGAUGGUCCAAAACCUGUUAUUUUAAAGCAGAGUGAUUCAAAGGAUUUGAUAUUAUUGCUCGCUGGUAACAAACGAAAAACCUCUAGCAUUGAACUUGGGGCACAUCAAGUCAUCCUUGUUGCUAGUGAAGAAACUAAAGAAAAAAUACAAACAGAAUUUAACAAAUGUCUCGUCAUGACAAUUGAUCGUGCGAAGGGACUUGAAUUUGACGACGUUUUGAUUUACAACUUCUUCAAAGAAUCUUCUGCGACUAAAGAGUGGAGAGUUGUUAAACAAUUUCUGAAAAAAAUGAGCAAGUCAAGGAAUUCUGACAGGGCAAAUGUCCAUAUAGGUCUCCAUGAAUAUCAACACAGUAACCUUGUUCCAAACACGGAAGUGAGGCCCCUUGAGUUCGAUCCUAGAAAACACAAGGUCUUAUGCACGGAGCUAAAAGUAUUAUACACAGCUAUCACUAGAGCAAGAUCAAACGUUUGGGUAUUUGAUGAAGACAAAGAAAGCAGGGCCCCAAUGUAUGAGUAUUUUGCCGCAAGAAAUCUUGUUGACAUUCGAGAUGACUCAUCUGCCAGAGGAUUUUCACAACCAUCAGCUUGCAGUGAAUGGCUCCUUAGAGGAAAUUACUUUUUCAGAAAAUCACACUUCGACGAAGCUGCGAAAUGCUAUGAAAAUGCUGGUCAUUCUCGUGGAGCGGAAUAUGCAAGUGCUAGACAUCACCAACAACAAGCAAGAUGUGCUGAGAAAAGUAAGAAAAAACAUCACCUUUUAGCAGCAGCACUACGAUUUUUCAACUGCAACAAUUUGAAAAACUGCAUAUCCUGUUUAAAGAGUGCAUCUGAAUUUGAGAUCUUGGCGGUGUUUUAUGAGGGAAGAAAUGAGAUUGAUGAAGCUGCAGAAAUGUAUGGCCGAGCUGGAAUGCCAAUACAUCAGAGUAAAUGUCUGGAAAAUAUAGAAUAUUUUGGGAAAGCACUAAAAGUUUUAAUAAAUAGUGCAAAUUUUGACCCUGGUUUAGAAUGUGUGAAAAGAUUCAAGUCACAUGGAAUCAGUAAGGACGAAAUUCCAGAAGAUUUAAGCGAUGAAAAGCAGAUUUAUAUCAAAGCUAUGAAAUACUGUGGGAAAACACAAAAUAUACCAAAAAUGGUAGGAUAUGCAGAAAGGAUUGACGAUUUUAAAACAAAGUUUGAAAUCUUCCUGGAGUAUGACAACGUUGAAGAAGCAUUUAAUUUGAAAUAUGGUAAAGCUGAUGUGGUGGAAAAAAUAGAUUUCUUUUUAAAAUGCGGAGCGGCUAGUAAGGCCUUGAUACUUGCGAUUGAGAAUGAUCCAGAAAACAAGAACAAACAAAUCCAAAUUCAGUGUAUCGUACUGAUGGCACAGCGUGCAAUAUAUGACAAAGAUAAUAAAGACGAGAGAAAUAUUAGAAAAAUUGUAGACCACUUAAAUACACUAAUUUCACCAGAGGAAACUAGUGAAAAUAUAAUUUAUACUGGAAAAGCACAAUUGCUAAUAGGGCAGCUGACCAAAAAUUCAAACUUUGUUAAAACUGCAUUUCAAACCUUUAAAAAAGAAAAGCAUGCUGGGUUUUUUGGUCAGUUAGAAUGCAUCGAAUGGCUUAUCAACAAUAUUGACUUGUUAGCUUUUUCCAACAUUGAAAGGAUUAUAAUGCACAUCAAAGAGACUGUCUCUUCUUUGGACAAAGAAAUGAAUAUCGCUGCAGACUUGAAGUUAUGGUACGAGUUUUAUGGAUAUUACAAAGAUAAAGCAACACCUUCCUACAAAAUAUACCCCAGACAAUGUCCAUUAGCAGCGAAAAUAUCUCAAACAAAAGAACUAUUUGAAGAUUCCUUGGACGCCAAUAACGUACAAACUUGUUGUUUAAAGUUUUGGGAAAAACGAUAUAGAACUUGGGAAGAUAUUUUGCUCAGAAACCUAUAUAAACGAAAAGACACCACUAAAGGGUUUCUAAAAAGACAUUUUGAGGAAAAAGGCAUUAUUUGGAGAGAAGGUGAAAAACAAAAUACUCCUGAUUGUGGAAGAAAUCCUGUUUUACACAUCAACCAAUUAAAUAUGAUGUCCGUUGAGCUCCUUGCAUGCUUAAAUAUACUAGAUCCAUGGAAAGAUCAAAAUAUGACGGAAAGAUGUAAAACAUUUAUCAGUGAUCUAUUUUACACUGAUCCCCUUGAAACCACUACCGUUGAAAUCGCCGUCAAACACGGUUUAUCCAAACUACUGCAUGAUAAACGGUUCAGCAAUUUUAGAGAGGAAAUCAUGAAAUAUUUUGAAACAAGUAUAAGACAUUUAGACACAGAAUCAAAGAGCAUUGGAAAAAGUAUCGAAAUACUUCUGGUGAAAAUUGCACUAGGAUUUGAAGAUCUUGAAAUAACAGAUAUGCAACAAUUUCAAAAAUCGUUUGAAAAUGAUGUCAAGAAAGUCAAUGUUCACCGCAUACUUUUGACAUUUUUCAACUCAUUUGAUAAUUUACGGAAAGAAAAUAUCGUAUCUGCUGUUCAAAGUUUUGACACCUUCUGUGCUCUUUUAAGUGCGUCCGAAAAGCAGCAAUUGCCCGUUAUUCCAGAAAUUUUAAUACUCUUCAAUGAAUUGUUUGCUUCCGUAGCAUUCUGUUCUGUGGCAUGUGCGCGAAAUGAGAGUUUUGUUCUUCCAGAUUCCUUCUUGGCAAGUGUUAAAUAUGCUGAGCAUUUAUUUCUUGGAUCAAAAUCGAUAUUUGAAACUUUAAAAAAAAAUCCCCCACCGGAUUCAACAUUUAUGUUACACAGUUUGUUGCAAAUGCUUUGUGGAUUUUCGUGCAAGAUGAAUCUUAUAAAAAUGUCAAGUAAAUUAUCAUCAGGGAUCGUAGACAGAAUACUUUUGAUAAGUUUCAUUAUUUUAUAUAAUGUGAAUAUAAUUCCAAUAACAGAGCAAACAUAUGAAAUUGAAUCGGUUCUAGUUAAAGAAUUAUUAGAUUUGUUGGAGUCCAAAAAAAGAAAAGAUGUAUUAAAAUCAAUAAUAAAAGCUACAAAUUCAUCAGAUUUCAUCGAAACAUUGCAAAUUAUUUUGAGGCCUGGUAAUGACCUUAAAGUUUGUAGAUGGGACGGGGAAAAGUGUUUCACGACGUGCACGGGUACAUUGAAUGUUAAAGGUGUUCCACUCAGAAAGGAAACUUUAGAAGCUAUAGAAGCUAUAAAGAAAAAAGAAGAUAAGAGUAAUCCGGGAACAACUGAAAAGAAAGAUCAGGCUAUUGUAUGCCCUGAAGAUAAAAAGGCCUAUAGUUUGGCAUUUCCAGAACUCCCAAGGCCUUUUAAUGCAUUAGAAAGAAAGGAAUUAUAAAAAGAUAUUGCAUUUUAUUAUACAAAGCAGUGAAGUUUAUAAGUAUUUACAAGCUAAAUGUACGACAAGGAGAUUCAAAUAAUUCCUCUGCUAGAACAAUUGAUAUCAACAUCCACAUUGAAAACUAACAUACUUGAACAUGCUGAGAGAAAAACAACGAAAAUAUAACGUUCUCUGAGCAAUGGGCUGUUUAAAAAAGAGAGAGCAACCGUAUUCAAGAUGAA